AUGGACGGCAACAGAAACAACCCCAACGGUGCUCCGCCCAACGGCGGUGCUAAUGGCCGGCUUCACCUAAACUUUGGCUACGACCAGCAGCAGCAGCAGUACAGCAACAACCCAUCGAGCAACAGAGCCUAUCCUACGACUCCAUCGACCUUCCCGCAGCCCAUGUAUGCCGGCCAGGGCAAUCAGGAGUUCGUCGACGCUCAGCAGAAUGCCUACAACCAGGGAUACUUCGUGAACAACCCCUAUAUGGGCGGCCACCAGCAGCAACAGCAGCAGCAGUAUGCUCCAGCACCGCAUGGAAGUGCUCCCCAGGCUGUGUACCAGCAACGAGCAGCUCCAGCUGGAGGACAGCACCAGGGGAACGACGAGACCUCGGGCCUGAUACAGCAGUUUUCGAACCAGGACCUCUCUGCUUCCCCGCGGCCUGCUCGCGCCGCCCCGCAAGGGAGUCAACAGCGUCCUCGUACCGCUGGCUCUGCCGGCCACCAGCAGCAGCAGACGCCAGCUCACUUGACGCCUCCUGUUCCCGCUCGUGGUGCUAACCCGGAAGACGAGGAGCUCGUCAGAUGUCCUGAGAGAUACUCGGAGAACGCCCAUAAACGUGGAAAGGCAGCCAAGGAGCUCGUCAAUGUCUUCUUCCGCGAGAACAUCGAGAGAGCUCGUGAUAGGAAUAUGCGUGCCGCCAACCUCGACAAGAUCUGCCAGAACGCAACCAUCUCUGACGCAAAGCGGAAACAUGAAUCAGAGGCCAUGGCGAAGAAGGAAGCCAACUUCCUCCGGUUUAUCAGAACGAGAGAGACCCCUGCCAACUUCCAGACGAUCAAGAUCAUCGGUAAAGGAGCGUUCGGAGAAGUCAAGCUCGUACAGCGCAAGACAGACGGCAAGAUCUACGCCUUGAAGUCACUGAUCAAGACUGAGAUGUUCAAGAAGGACCAACUUGCCCACGUACGCGCUGAGCGUGAUAUCCUUGCCGACUCCAAGGACAACCCAUGGCUCGUCAAGCUCCACGCCUCGUUCCAGGAUAAGGCUUACCUCUACCUCCUCAUGGAGUUCUUGCCUGGCGGUGAUCUUAUGACCAUGCUUAUUAAAUAUGAAAUCUUCUCGGAGGAUAUCACCAGAUUUUACAUGGCUGAGCUUGUCAUGGCCAUCGAGGCCGUUCAUAAACUUGGCUUCUUACAUCGUGAUAUUAAACCAGAUAAUAUUUUACUGGAUCGUGGUGGGCAUAUCAAAUUAACUGACUUUGGCCUGUCAACUGGCGGCAAGAAACAGCAUGACAACUCAUACUACCAGGCCCUGUUAAAAAAUACAUCCACAUCCAAAGAUAAGAAUAGAAACUCUGGCUUCUUCUCGGAUGCCAUUAAUCUGACGGUCUCCAACCGUGGUCAGAUCAAUACCUGGCGUCGAUCACGUCGUGCCAUGGCAUACUCCACCGUUGGAACACCAGAUUACAUUGCCCCUGAGAUAUUCAACGGCCAGGGAUACACCUAUCUCUGCGACUGGUGGUCCGUUGGAGCUAUUAUGUUUGAGUGUCUCGUCGGAUGGCCACCGUUCUGCGCCGAACAGCCAACGGAUACAUACCGGAAGAUCGUUUACUGGCGUGAACAUCUUGCUUUCCCUGAAGAACUUGUUCUCUCUAGGGAUUCAGAGCAUCUCAUCCGAAGCUUCCUUUGUGAUCCAGAAAACCGUAUUGGCCAAGAAGGCGGCCAACACGGUGGCGCAACCCAGAUUAAAAAUCAUCCAUUCUUCCGUGGCGUCGUAUGGGAACAGCUGCGCCGAAUUCGUGCUCCCUUCGAACCCAGGCUCACCUCCAAUAUCGACGUCUCCUACUUCCCCAUCGACGAGAUUCCCCAGGAAGACAACAGUGCCCUCCUACGUGCCCAGGCCCGUGCUAUGCCUGAGGAACAAGAGGCGGAGAUGUCCCUCCCCUUCAUCGGUUACACUUAUAAGGCCUUCAAUGCGUUUCAGAGCAGCUAA